AUGCCCCCACCCCAACGUGAUGUCCCCACCAACUCCUUAGACCCCACCCCGAAAGGGUCUGACAGACGAAGGCCAGCGUGCCGAAGGCCUUCCUCACCACCCUGUCGACCCGGGACGCCGACUUCAAAGGGUGCUCCAUUACCCACAGUGCCCCGGGGACGUGCGGGUCAGGGCGGGUUGGCCGUGCUACAUUACCCACAGUGCCCCGGGGACGUGCGGGUCAGGGCGGGUUGGCCGUGCUACAUUACCCACAGUGCCCCAGGGGACAGUCUUUUCAGGGUCAAUGUAAUCCCCUUUUCUGCAAAGAGAGAAUCGUGGCUCCCAUUUCUGCCCCCUCCCUUCAAAUCCCCUCCCUCCCUAUCUCCGUCACCGCCUCCUGCCCUCUCCCGUCCUCACCCUCCUGUUCAAAUCCCCUCCCUCCCUAUCUCCGUCACCUCCUCCAGCCCAUACAGCCCUCACCCUCCUGUUCAAAUCCCCUCCUCCCUAUCUCCGUCACCGCCUCCUGCCCUCUCCCGUCCUCACCCUCCCGUUCAAAUCCCCUCCCUCCCUAUCUCCAUCACUACAAUCCUCAUCCUCCUGUUCAAAUCCCCUCCCUCCCUAUCUCCGUCACCCCCGACAGCCCUCACCCUCCUGUUCAAAUCCCCUCCCUCCCUAUCUCCGUCACCUCCUCCAGCCCCUACAGCCCUCACCCUCCUGUUCAAAUCCCCUCCCUCCCUAUCUCCGUCACCUCCUCCAGCCCCUACAGCCCUCAGCCUCCUGUUCAAAUCCCCUCCCUCCCUAUCUCCGCCACCUCCUCCAGCCCUCUCCCUCCUGUUCAAAUCCCUCCCUCCCUAUCUCCGUCACCUCCUCCAGCCCCUACAGACCUCACCCUCCUGUUCAAAUCCCCUCCCUCCCUAUCUCCGUCACCUCCUCCAGCCCCUACAGCCCUCAGCCUCCUGUUCAAAUCCCCUCCCUCCCUAUCUCCGCCACCUCCUCCAGCCCUCUCCCUCCUGUUCAAAUCCCCUCCCUCCCUAUCUCCGUCACCUCCUCCAGCCCCUACAGUCCUCACCCUCCUGUUCAAAUCCCCUCCCUCCCUAUCUUCCGUCACCUCCUCCAGCCCCUACAGCCCUUACCCUCCCUUCAAAUCCCCUCCCUCCCUAUCUCCGUCACCUCCUCCAGCCCCUACAGUCCUCACCCUCCUGUUCAAAUCCCCUCCCUCCCUAUCUCCGUUACCUCCUCCAGCCCCUACAGCCCUCACCCUCCGGUUCAAAUCCCCUCCCUCCCUAUCUCUGUCACCACCUCCAGCCCCCUGCAGCCCUCACCCUCCUGUUCAAAUCCCCUCCCUCCCUAUCUCCGCCACCUCCUCCAGCUCUCACCCUCCUGUUCAAAUCCCCUCCCUCCCUAUCUCCGUCACCUCCUCCAGCCCUACAGCCCUCAGCCUCCUGUUCAAAUCCCCUCCCUCCCUAUCUCCGUCACCUCCACCAGCCCCUACAAUCCUCACCCUCCUGUUCAAAUCCCCUCCCUCCCUAUCUCCGUCACCUCCUCCAGUCCCUACAGCCCUCACCCUCCUGUUCAAAUCCCCUCCCUCCCUAUCUCCGUCACCUCCACCAGCCCCUACAAUCCUCAUCCUCCUGUUCAAAUCCCCUCCCUCCCUAUCUCCGUCACCUCCUCCAGCCCCUACAGCCCUCUCCCUCCUGUUCAAAUCCCCUCCCUCCCUAUCUCCGUCACCUCCUCCAGCCCCUACAGCCCUCAUCCUCCUGUUCAAAUCCCCUCCCUCCCUAUCUCCGUCACCUCCUCCAGCCCAUACAGCUCUCACCCUCCUGUUCAAAUCCCCUCCCUCCCUAUCUCCGUCACCGCCUCCUGCCCUCUCCCGUCCUCACCCUCCUGUUCAAAUCCCCUCCCUCCUUAUCUCCGUCACCUCCUCCAGCCCCUACAGCCCUCACCCUCCUGUUCAAAUCCCCUCCCUCCCUAUCUCCGUCACCUCCUCCAGCCCCUACAGCCCUCACCCUCCUGUUCAAUCCCCUCCCUCCCUAUCUCCGUCACCUCCUCCAGCCCCUACAGCCCUCACCCUCCUGUUCAAAUCCCCUCCCUCCCUAUCUCCGUCACCUCCUCCAGCCCCUACACGCCUCACCCUCCUGUUCAAAUCCCCUCCCUCCCUAUCUCCGUCACCUCCUCCAGCCCCUACACGCCUCACCCUCCUGUUCAAAUCCCCUCCCUCUAUGUUUCCGUCACCUCCUCCAGCCCUCGCCCUCGUCUUGAAACACCUCCCUCCGUACCACCGUUGCCUCUCCCUGUAGAACGUGUUGUCCCGUUGUGGUCAGGUUGCUUGUUCUGGGGGCUCCAUUUUAUGGGGGAAAUGGCAUGAAGGGUGCUGGUGAAAUGCAGAUGUACUGUCUGAACUCCUGUCACGCCCGCUCCACCAGCUGAACACAGCGUAGUCAGUGCCCGUUCCCCCUGGGCUGCUCCUGUUCCCACUGUGCCCAACGCAGAGCGUUCGUGUGCGUUUGCACGUGCCCUGGUCAGAGCAGCAGCACUGUGCUUCCGUCGACCUUGUUACGUUCUCUCUCCUGGUACAGGAGGGGCAGCGGCGGCAUCCAGGGGAGGCCGGGUGAGCAGGAGAAGGGACGAUGCACAGCAGGUUAGUUGGGUGCAGGCUGGUAAAAUGUGGCCUGGGAAGUGGGUGCCCUGCAUCAUGAGAUGGAAGCCCAUGUGCACCGAUGAAUAAAGCUGGACACAAUCGUGUUGCUUGUCUGCA